AUGGUGCAUGUGGAUUGGGCGAUUUGCAUUUCAUCUGAGAGGAUUGGUCAAGCCUAUGUUAUUUAAAAUAAAGAAGUCGUUAGGUUUGAAAUAUUUUCCGGGACCACGGUUUUGUCCUAGUGUUUACCAGAUUCUAUGCUUUGUAUAAGAAUUUUGUUUCCGGAACUGUUUGAUUGGUUUUGUGUGAAUUUUACCAGAUUCUAUGCAGUUGUGCAAGAAUUUCGUUUUUGGAACUGGUUGAAUGGUGCUAACAGAUAGUUCUCUUCUUUCUUGGAAGAUAUAUACUCUUCCUCUUCCGCGUCUGAAAACCGAAAAUCUUAGGUUGAAGGAAAUUCAGGGCAAGGAACUUUGGAACUUUAGAGUUCAGGCGGAAUCUGGAAAUGGCCUAAACAGCAGCAGAGGUGACAACUAUGGUGUUCCUCACGGUAGCCUGCCAUCAAUAUCCAGCUACAGUGGAAGCGGUGCAUUCUUUCGGGAGCUUUUGAUGCACCAAGAUUCAUGGGAAGGGGACAGGCAAAGCAUAGACUCGCUGCUCAACUUACUAAGCAAUAAGAGUCCUGGCAGCUUUAUUUCGCCCGAUACAGAAAUGAACAGGGCUCUUGCCCAGCAGAGGGAAGUUGCAUUGAAGCGGAGUCUCUUCAGUUCAGUGUUAUCUUUUAUGGUCGGCAUGACAAUUUGGGAAGCUGAGGACCCAUGCAUGCCGCUGGUGAUGGCGCUCUUCAUUGUUGUCGGCAUGUCACUGGUGAGUGUGGUUCAGUUUUUCUCCACCAUAAAAAACAAACCUGCUUCCGAUGCUGUUGCUCUCUUGAGCUUGAACUGGUUCAUCCUCGGCACGCUUUCUUAUCCGACUCUUCCAAGGGUUGCUCGAAUUUUAGUCCCCGCAAUUGUGAGCAUGUUGGACCGGACAACAAGGUGGCUCGGUGCUUCUUCCCAAUAGCUAAAUUACGUGUUUUCAAGAGUAUUUUGUGCAAGUUGUAGAAGCUUUACUUUUGCUCCAGUUUGCUUCCCUUGAUAGUCGCCAUAUACGAAACGAUCUUGCAACGAUUAAAGAAAUAGGUUUUCAGCA